AUGCUUCGCCACUGCACCCACAAGCAGCACAGACACAGCCACCAACAGAGCGUCGUGGCCGCGGCCGCUGCCCCCGCCACCAUGGCGGCCGCGUCCCCAGCCUUCUCGCUCUUCUUCCCGCUGCCCAACACCAAGGCCUUCCAGUUCGACGACGACAGCCACAGCUCAGUCACCACCUGCCCCUCGUCCCCGUCCUCCUCCUCUUCCUCCACGGGCACCGUCGACUGCACGCUCUCGCUCGGCACGCCGUCCUCGCGCCGCGCCGCCGCCAAGCCCCGCCCGCCGUGCCUGGCGCUACCGUCUCGCAGCGCCGUGUCGUGCGACGUCGCUGCACCCGCUGACCAGUCCUGCUGCUGCCGCUGCUGCUCCUGCCCGGGCGGCAGACGUCCCUCUCCCGCGGCCGCGAACAAGAGAGCCGCGGCCGCGCACGGGCACGGGCAGGACCCGGCGCCGCUCGUGGACCACCGCUGCGCCAGCUGCGGCACCACGUCCACGCCGCUGUGGAGGAACGGGCCUCGCGGGCCCAAGUCCCUGUGCAACGCCUGCGGCAUCAGGUUCAGGAAGAAGGAGCGGCGUGCGGCGACGGGGACGACGACGGCUGACAUGGACCAGGGCGGGUGCUACUUGGCGCAGCGGGCGCAGUACGGGGCGGCGACGUCUGGUAGGGCGUACUACGGCGGCGGCGACGGCGACAUCGCGGACGCCGAAGCAGUGCCGGCGCAGUUCCUUGCAUGGCGACCCAGCGUCGUCGAGGCGGCCGAGUUCGCGGCGGUCUGGCCGGAGCCGGCGACCUUGUUCCAGUACAUCAACUAG